AGGAUAUUUUGGCCACGGACAUUUUGGCUACGGACACUUUGGUCAUUGGCCACCAAACUAGGACGGUUUGGCCACGGCAGCAAACCUUAGGAGGAUGUUUUGGCCACGAAAAAUUCACAGUACUGUUCUUUAUUUUUCACAUAUUUUUUUUUUCACUUAUAAUUCGUGAUUGUGAAAAUGUCUGACCAGUUUACUUCUUACUUGAUUAAUUACUUACUUAACUUGAUUAAUCUUACCAGAUUACCUUACUUAAUUAAUCAUUACCAGAAAGAGAGAGAGAGAGAGAGAGAGAGAGAGAGAGAGAGAGAGAGGAAUUAGAUCUUUUACUGCCAUACGAGUUUGUUUUGAACUGUGAAGCAGUUGGUGGUUUGUGAGGUUUCUGACCGAGGUGAGGAACAGCCUGAUUGGAGCUACUUUGCACAGUACUUACUACUCCACCAUGUCAGCUGAGCUUGAGGUCACCACAUCAAAUCGAGGUGGUCAGAAAAUCUGCCUGGAUGGCUUUAUGUACACUAAGAAGCAUGUUGCAAAAUCAGUGGAUGAGAUAGUUUUUCGGUGUGUCAAGCGGGCUAGUCUGAAGUGCCCUGGUAUACUAAAGACAACCAAAAGUCUUGGUAACCCUGAAGUUGUGACCUCGCAUAACCAUCUUUCUGACACAGUUGGAUGCCAAGUGGAGCAAGCUCGACAGGGUAUGAAGAGGAAGGCUUCGAACACCAAUGAUCAGCCUAAUCAGAUUCUCGCCUUCACAGUCGCGGCACUGCCCGCGGAGGUCAAAGCACGCAUGCCUAGGUCUGAUUCUAGUAAGCGUGUCCUUCGUCGCAUCCGGGCUGCACACCGUCCCAAGGAUCCACAGUCUCUUCAAGAGUUGGAAAUCCCUGAUGACUGGACAUCCCACCUCCACUAUGACAAUGGACCAGAGGCAGAUGAGCGUAUUAUCAGCUUUACCACCCCCCAUCAUCUGGAACUGUUAGCACGCUGUGAUGAGUGGUGUAUGGAUGGCACAUUUUCGGUAGCUCCGAGACUCUUCACCCAGCUAUAUGUCAUCCAAGGUCGAGUCAACAGUGUUUAUCUACCUCUUGUGUACGUCUUGCUGCAACGCAAGACACAAAGUAGCUACGAACAAGUCUUCAGGGUCCUGGCGGAGAGUGGCUGUGAUCCCAUUUCAGUCAUCAUCGACUUUGAGAGGCCUGUGGAGCUGGCCCUUCAUGUGGUAUUCGGGGAGGAGGUCCAGGUGCGGUUCUGUUUCUAUCAUCUAACCCAGUCCAUCUGGAGGCAGAUCCAGCACCUGGGUCUCAAAAACCUAUACGAAUCCGAUGAGGAGUUCCGCCUCUUCUGUGGUCAGGUGGAUGCACUGGCCUUCCUGCCCCCAAAAGAUGUCAAGGAUGGCAUGUCAUACCUUCGAUCUACCAUGCCUGAGGAGGCUGCUCCACUCUUGGAAUACUUUGACUCCACCUAUAUUUCAGGCCAACUGCGUCAUCGUCGUAACAUCACUUCCAAGUCAGGACACCUACAGCCAAUCUCGAUUCAUCUACGUCGCACGCCACCUAUGUUCCCGCCUGAGAAGUGGAAUAUGCACCACGCAACUCUAAACAACCAGCCAAGGACAAAUAACAUUUGCGAGGGGUGGAACAACAAGUUUUUCCGCCUGGUGGGACAUGCCAACCCCACGGUGUGGAAGCUGAUAGAGUGUCUGCAAGCUGACGCUGCCACUGUGGAUGAAAUUCUGCUGCAGCAAGAACGCGGCAUUCGCCCUGCUAAGAGGUUUAAGAAGAUAUACAAGGAAUUACACACCCGCAUCCAAAACCUGGUCAUCGAUUUGAAUGAAGGGAAGAAGACCAUCCCACAAUUCCUCCGAGGCAUCAGCUAUAAUCUUAGAGGUGGAGAUAUGAAUGCGUAGCAUGUGAACCUAUACUUUUUAAUGACAAUUUUAAUUUAAAAAAUGCUCUAUUGCAAUUUUUCAAAAAUGCUCAAUUACAUUUUAAAUACCAAUAUUUUUGUUGAGUUUAUCACAUCAAAUAUCCUAUCUUCCUUGGGUGGCGAUUUAUUUUUAAUUUAAUGGCCAAAAUGUCCGUGGCCAAAAUAUCCUACUUUCCGUGGCCAAAAAGUGGCAAGUUGCGAUUUGAUGGCCAAA